CAAAACCGUUAUAGCGAAAAGGGCAAACUCAGCGUUUGGGUGUGUCAGCGCUUAUGUGUGAUUGUCAACGCAGCUGACAGUAUAACAGGAAAAUGCAUUUCUCUAAGUUCUCAAUUUAACGCCAAAGCUGAUGCUUGUUCAGCAUGUUCCUGAAAAUGUGCCGCGUAUGCGGAAAAAGUAAAUCAUGUGAAAAAAGCUUAAAUCUUUUCGAAACCAAAAAUCAUAAGUUAGUGCGGCAUAUUCAAAUGUUAACUGGAUUCUGGCUGCAGGACUCGCAAGACGCACCUGUGUCUAUAUGCUUUUGUUGUCAGUCGGAUCUCAAGCGGGCCAUGUCAUUUCGGAGGCUUUGCAUUAAAACCCAAAAAAAGUGGAAGCCUCCUGUCGAAAUAAGCGAUACAUCUCUUAGUGAACAGGAAAGCCCAGUCUCAAGUCCAAGGGCAGAGAAUCACCAGACCCAUACCUAUACUGGAGUCAGCACAUAUAGAGAAAGCGAUUCGGACGAUGAGCCUCUGCACACAGUACAAGUUUUGCUUCAAGAGUGUCAAACAAACAACUGUGAGGGCUCUAACCUGGUCGAGGAAAAAGAUCAUUUAGAUCAAAACUACAUCAUUAAGGCUACCACUGACAUCGACACAGAUGACAGUGAGAAUAUCAAAGCCGAAGUUAAGGGAAAUAUUGAGAAACACGAACUUCCCUCGCAAUUAUCACAUUCUUCAGACGGCUGUAAACAACUUUUGAAAGCCAAACAAGAAGCUACCAUUUAUAUAUGUGAAUUGUGUGGUACACAUGCAAAUAGCAAAGUUUCUUUCGAGCGACACAUGCGGAAGCACACGGGGGAACGUCCCUUUGGCUGCAAAGAGUGUGCGGCGCGAUUUUUAUCUGCCGCUGAGCUGCGUGCACAUGGUCUUACACACACAGGUGAACGACCGUUUCCAUGUCGAUACUGUGAUCGCCGCUAUUUGAGCUACACGGGACGACUUAAGCACGAGCGGAUGCAUACCAAUGAUCGACCUUUUGUGUGCGAGGAGUGUGGCAAGGCGUUCACUAAUGCUUAUGUUUUAAAAAAUCAUAUGUUGGUGCAUACGGGCCAGCGGCUGUUUAGAUGUCAUUUCUGCGAACGCGCCUUUCAGCGUAAAACUCAUCUUAGAACACAUUACCGUUCACUUACCCACAAGCAGAACGUUGAGAAGCACCAAUGCGUGCAGUUAACAGCAAAUUCAAACAAUUAAAAUUAACGAACAAGGGUAAAG